UUCGAUGGCUGUUGGGUAAAUAUGAAGUCCUCCAGUAUGUUUUGGAGAACCCUCUUUUGGCCAUUUCUCAACUGUCUCUUUAUGUGAAUACAGCUAAAACUCAACUGGACACAUAAACUUUCAGCAUGACAGCAGAGAGCAGGCCAGAGGGGUUCACUGAUCCCCAGCCAAUGGAGUAUUCAGACAUUAAUCAGAAAAAGGCUCAAACCAAAUGCUGCUCUCUGAAUCUAAAGAUUUUCAUUGGAGUGCUCGCCUUCUCUUUUUUCUCCAAAUCCCUGACGGGUAGUUACACCAAAAGCACAAUCACUCAGAUUGAGAGACGGUUUGAGAUCCCGAGCUCAACAGUUGGCAUCAUCGAUGGCAGCUUUGAAAUGGGUAAUCUGUUGGUUAUUACUGUGGUAAGCUACUUUGGCGCUAAGUUUCACAGGCCCAAGAUCAUUGGAGCAGGAGCCCUGCUGAUGGCUGCCGGAACGCUGUUAAUGGCACUACCACACUUCUUGAUGGGCCAGUACAAGUACGAGACAAUUGCUGCCCGCACUAAUGAUGCUAAUAAUUUCACUUGGAGAUCCCCCUGUUCACCCAACACACUGAAUGUCUUUCAACAGCCUUUUUCUGGGUGUCAGAAAGAGGAGGAGGAAGGCUCGCCUAUGUGGGUCAUUCUGCUAGCAGGGAACAUUAUUCGUGGGAUUGGAGAAGCCACCAUUGCCCCUCUGGGAAUAUCAUUCAUAGAUGACUAUGCACGCCCAGAAAACUCUGCUUUUUACAUUGGGUGUCUGCACACAGUCGGAGUGAUCGGGCCACUGUUUGGUUACUCGCUUGGAUCUCUGUGUGCUAGUAUUUAUGUGGACAUUGGCUUAGUGAACCAAGAGAGUGUUACCAUCACCCCUCAGGACUCUCGUUGGGUUGGGGCGUGGUGGUUGGGUUUUGUGGUUGCGGGCGGUCUGACCUUUCUUGCUGCUUUGCCUUUCUGGUUUCUGCCAAGAGCUCUACCUGAAAACCCCCAAAUACCUGAAAUAGACCCCCCUUCAAACCAACACCAACACACAGGCAUUACAGAAAUAGCUAAAGAUUUUUGGCCAUCUCUGAAAUGUUUGUUCACGAACAAGAUUUAUUUUCUGUACUUGAUUUCCAAUGUUGUGAUGUUCAACGCCUUCGUCAUAGUUAUAACAUACACACCAAAGUACUUGGAACAACAGUUUGGACAAAGCACAUCCAAGACCAACUUUCUCAUAGGAGUUGCUACUAUGCCAUCCGUGGCUCUGGGUAUCUUUCUGAGUGGUGUGAUAAUGAAGAGAUUUAAAUUGGGUCUGCUGGGAGCUGCUCGAGUGGCGUUCUUCACCUCUGUCGCUGGAUUGCUUUGCACACUGCCUAACUUUGGUCUCAGCUGCGAUAAUCUGGAUGUUGCUGGGGUCACAGUGCCCUUUCAAGGAUCCAACGAAGUUCAGAAUAUAGGUAGCAGUUUAUUGUCUUCCUGCAAUGCAGAAUGUAAGUGUCCUGACACUCAAUGGGACCCAGUGUGUGGACAGAAUGGAGUCACCUAUAUCUCUCCCUGCUAUGCUGGCUGCAAUUCCACCAUUGGCAACGGUCUAAAUAUGACUUUUCACAGUUGUACCUGUAUCCAGAGCUCAGGUUUGAGUGAGGGGAACUCCUCUGCAGUGCUUGGACAGUGUUCACGAGAGAGAAGUUGCUCUAGAAUGUUCUACAUCUUUCUGGCACUGCAGUCUCUGAGCUUCUUUGUGUACUGUCUGGGCAGCACCCCUCUCUUCAUCAUAUCACUGAGGAGUGUGGACCCCAAGCUAAAGUCUCUCUCAGUGGGCAUGUUUCUGCUUGUUUUACGAGUGUUUGGUGGUAUCCCUGCUCCUAUUUAUUUCGGUGCUCUUAUUGACUCUACCUGUCUGAAAUGGGGCAGUAAGAAAUGUGGUGGAAGAGGAGCAUGCAGAAUGUAUGACAUACAGACAUUAAGGUUCUUGUUUCUGGGGCUGAUUGGCUGUCUGCGAGUGCUUGGCUAUGCUCUCUUCUGGAUAGCAAUCAUACAAAUUAAAAGAAAAUUGCAGAUUGAUAAACAAGUGUCCAUGAACAUAGAACUGCUGAAACCUGUGCUGUGUGAUGCAAAACCACAAAAGGCACUCAACGAAUGUUCUGCUGAGGAACAUGACGAGGUCCAGAAACCUCUGAAAGAGUUUUUAUGAAGACUCAAAGAUGUAUAUAGUCUAUUCCCAUGGCUUUUUAAUGAAAAAUGUGUUAUUCAAAAUACAAUAAUGUUAUUUGUUUUGUUUUGUGUUUUUAUUUUUCUGUUGAGAUCUGUUGCUAUUGAAAUUCACAAACACAGAAUAAAGGUAUUUUUAACAAUGGUUGUUUUGCUUUGC